AUGCUGCGCGUGACCCGCGGGGGGCUGGGGGGCCAGCGGCGCUGGUGGAAGGAGGGACGCCCGGACUUCCUGCGCGCGAAUGAGCGGCGGAUGCGGCUGGAGCAGCGCCGCAUCGACGCCAGCCGCUACCACGCCCCGGUGGAGCCCACGCCGCAACAGGCGUGCACGCUCUACAGGGGCCUGCUGAAGGCCGGCCACGCCCAGCUGCGGGUGACGGACAAGGCGUACUACGCCAGGAAGGUGCGCCAGGAGUUUGAGGUGACGGCGCGGCAAACGAGUGCGCGGGUGCGGGGCAUCAUGUACGAGCGCGGUCAGUGGAUGCUGCUGAACAAGUUAGGCGGGAUCGUCUAA